GUCUUCGUCGAGAAGACGUGAUUACGUCAUCAUUAAGCGCGCCGUGUAUGCUGUUUUGGAAAGAGGUAUCGUUAGCUUGACGAUAAAAAAGGGCCACCUUUUUUAAAAAAAGAAAAGGAUGCCUUUACCUCCAGCACUGCUGGCCCGAUUGGCCAAGAGAGGGAUUGUUAAACCAACAGAGCAAGGGGCAGAUGAGGAGAUUAUUGCUGAAGAUUAUGAUGACAACAAUGUAGAUUAUGAAGCCACCAGAGUGGAGAAUCUACCACCAAACUGGUACAAAGUGUUUGACUCUGCUUGUGGUCUUCCUUAUUACUGGAAUGUCGAGACAGAUAUGGUUGCCUGGUUAUCCCCAAAUGACCCAUCUGCAGUAAUAACAAAACCUGCCAAGAAAAUAAGAGUAGAAGGAGGAGAUGAAAAAGGCGAGAAGCAAGUUGAGAAACCAGACAGGGACAGAGAACGACACAGAGACCGGGAUCGGGAAAGGGAUCGAGAUCGGGAAAGGGACAGGGAAAGGGACCGGGACAGAGAACGUGAUGAUGGGAGGGACAGAGACAGAAGAAAGCAGAGAAGAGAUGAGGCAGCACCAUACAGUCGAAGCAAAAAAGGUAGAAAAGAUGAUGAGAUGGACCCCAUGGAUCCAAGUGCUUACUCUGAUGCUCCAAGGGGGUCGUGGUCAAGUGGGCUGCCCAAACGUAAUGAAGCAAAAACGGGUGCAGACACCACAGCAGCGGGGCCUCUCUUCCAGCAGCGUCCCUACCCGAGUCCAGGAGCUGUUCUUCGGGCUAACGCAGCAAACCAACUACCCAAGGAGUAAAAGCAGAUACUACGAAGACAGCAACUUAAAACCCACAACUCUACAGUUGGUCUUCAUUAUGCUCACAUGCUAAACAUCAUAGUUUGACAGGCUUUUCUUUUCAUUGUGAAAUGUGUACAUGUCAGAAAUGAAGGGCUGAACUUUUUGGACAGCUUCUCUAUUCAUACUCCUGCCGUGUAGAGCAUUUGUAAAUAUGUUUUUAUAUGACCCAAAGGUUCACUUCUCGUUGUCACUAGACCCAUCAGUGAACCUGAUAAUAAACUUAAGACUACUGUGAAAAUUA